GAGAACUGCACUUUGGAAUAGAACACUUCGACGGAUGCAAUCGCUCCUGCGCUCUUUCCACGACGAUGAUGACAGCUCCUCCGCGGUGUACUCGGAGCCUAAAGGAAACCUCGGCCGUGGCUUGCUUGAUGGAGAUUCAUCAACGUCGUCGUACUAUCAGAGCCGUGGCCAUACGCGCAUGAUUUGGGUUGGUGGACUUCUCGUGUGCUUGGCAAUGGUGCCGCUCGUGUUGUGGCCAUCAAAACACGACAGUCUUAGCAUCACCACCGUGGCUGAUGACCUGAAUGCUCAGCCAGUUCAGACUGCGAACCGCUUUCGACCUGAAGUUGGUGACGACGAUUUCAAGUUCACAAACAUGGACGCCGACGUUCAAGAGCAUCAAGUUGUCGGCGAAUUGGCAUUGACCGAUGAAACGAACGGACCAGAACAAAUCGAACCGACAACAAAAGUCGCGACUACCUUGGUCCCUGUCGACCUCGUACCGAUUGUGACUUCACUCGACGAGAUCCCCACCGUACCCACUCUGACCACGAUCCCGAUCAUCGAUGGCGAGGGCUCUACUUCUGGCAUCGGAGCCCCACACCGGAAACCGAUCACGUUCCCUCCACAAUGCUCGGAUGCGGACCAACAAGCUUUGCUGGCAAACGACCCCGUGUCGGAAGCAUGCCGCACCGCAUACAAAUUGCUUGCCCUGGAAGAAGGAGGCAAAGCACUCAUAUCACGCAGAGAGACGAGCGUCUUGCUCCCGCUAGACGGGUACCCAUCGGAGUGCACUGUCGACGAAAUCGCGGCGGUAGAGACUGCCGCAGGGGACAUCCACAGUGCAUUGGUGACUCCAGAAUGCGCGCGAGCGUACACAGCCGCUCGUGAAGCGCAGCUGCACCUGCACCUCCAAGCCCUGGAAGAAGAAGUCACCCAGAUCCGCGACGAGCUCGCCCAGUCGACCGAUCCUUGAGUCCCAUUGCGUGUAAUGUUGAAAUCACGACAACUCCUGCCCACA